GUGGAAAUGACAUGCAGUAAUACUGACUCGGCUCCACUAGAGGGAACUAGAGAUAACCGUCGCUUCGGUUGCGAAACAGUAGAAGAAGUUAAGGCUUUAGAAGCACAUGUGAGAGUUUAGAGUGACUUAGAGAAGUUAGUUGAGAUGACGUCAUUAGCUCACCAGUUGAAGCGGCUCGCUUUACCUCAGAGUGACUCGAGUCUGCUGAGCCGCCGUCAGGUCGCGUCGGUCCUGUUUAACCCUAAAGAUGCUGCCAGUGUGGAUCGGAGUACAGUCUAUGCCCUUGGUUGUACAGGGCUUGAUGAGCUGCUUGGAAUUGAGCCAGCAUUUGCAGAGUUUCAGGAAACCCUCUUUAGCCAGGCUUCUAUAAGCCUUGAGCGUAGCGUGCAGUCCAAGGAGGUAAACCAGAAACUAGACAAGGACAUCUCACAGUUCCUCAUUCGUCUGUCCCCAUACUUCCUGCUCAAGCCUGCGCUGAAGUGCCUGGAAUGGCUUGUAUACAGGUUCCACAUCCACUUGUAUAAUCAGGACAGUCUGAUUGCUUGUGUGUUGCCAUACCAUGAAACCAAAGUGUUUGUUCGAGUCAUUCAGCUUCUUAAGCUAGAUGACCCUACACACCGGUGGCAUUGGCUGCAUGUACUUCAGAAACCUGGAGUUCCUUUGGCAAGAGGGACACUCCUGACUCACUGUUAUAAAGAUCUGGGGUUUAUGGAUUUCAUCUGCACCUUGGUGACAAAAUCAGUUGAGGCUUAUUCACAGUUUGGUCACGACGGAAAAUGUGGGCAGCUGCGAGUGAUUUUUUCUUUCUAUUCGGCAACCAUUGUUCCUGCUCUGGAGGCAGUGGAGAAAGUGACCGAUUCUAUCAUAGCCAAGUUGCUUCCAUAUAUCCAACUGGGCCUGAGAUCAGAGCUGUUGGACUACAAAGCUGCCACAUACAUGAUUGUGUGUCAGCUUGCAGUGAAGGUAGUGAUGCAACCUGAGCUGCUGGAUUCGCUGGCACGACAGGUGAGCAGGUCAGUCAUUAGUGCUCCAGCACUGACUUCUGAAGGCUUGUCGUGCCUCAUCAUCCUCCUCCAAAACCAGAAAGAAAGUGUCAUCGGACAAAAGACGUUUGAAUACCUCAGUCAGGUUCCCUCUCUAGUGCCCACCCUGCAGUGUAUAGCAGCCUCCUACGAUAUCAGUUCCUUGCUGCACUACUUUCUGCCGAAGCUCACUAACGUGGUCUUCAUGCAAAACGAUGAGCUGGACAAUGAGCACAGUGCUUCAAACUGCAGGCUGCUCGAGUCAGUCAUUGAGAACCUUCCAUUUAGCACCAGCUUGGCGAACACAGUGACACGACUACUCCUUGAGGGAUACUUGUCUUGUGGUACAAAGCUUCCUGCAGACAGACUCUCCUCCCUUAAUCAGAAGAUCCAACCAGUUGUCAGACACAUUGAGCGCAAGUAUCCUGGUGCUCUGGAUGCUGUAUUGGUGAGUUGUACGGGUGAGAUGUGUUCAGCUCAGCAGAAGAACCUCCUCCAUCAGUUUCUGUCACUUUCCAUGUGCUGUGGAAAGCACCAGGUUCUGGCGAACUCCGACACCUCUCUGAUGCUCAGUCUGAAACAUCCUUUGUCUGCUGUGAGGAUUGUAGCUAUGGAACAUGUGAAAGAGAUUCUGACUUCUGGGCAGGGAGGCUUUGAUGAAGCAUUCCUGAAGGACGCGUUGCUUGAGAGGUUGAAGGAUGAUGUGCCUGAUGUUGUGCUGUCGACACUCUCAGCACUACGGCUCUAUCUCGGCCGCAUGAAUUCAGAGGAGACAACUUCUUGUUUGAUUUCUGUUCUUCACCGUGUCCAGCCAUCAGACACCGAGGCUUGGUAUUCAGUGUUGAAGGAAGCGGUUCAAGUUCUCGAUGACCUGCCAGUUUGGGAGACCAACCCUGAUCUGAGAGCCCAAAUCUGCUUGGAGCUGCUGCCUUUCAUGCUGAUAACAAAUUUUGUACCCGAGUCAGCAGAGCUGAAACUGGCGCAGUGUGUAGCCGAGAUGCGUCUACUGUCCCAGCAUCCUCUUACCCAGGGCUGGGCCAAAGUGUUGCGGGGGUUGCUGGAGAAAACCCCUACAGCAGAUGUUAUCAGAGUGGCCAACCAGAUGCUCAUCAGCACUCUGACGAAAAACCUGGCCCGCAUGGAGCCGUCCACUAAGCGCAAUGCUAUUGAGGGGGUGUGUGCAUUGCUGGCCAAGCAAGGUGCUGGAGUGAGAGAGAAGGCAGCGUUUGUGGUGCUGAUUUGUGCUCUUCUGCAGACUCUGGAGUCUCUGAAUGAGAGCACACACCUCCAUACAGCUCAGAUACUCCUGAGACUUCUUGAGCCCUCCUUGAGAAAACUCUACACACUAAAGACAGAUAAGCUAUGUGAAGGCCAAGACAAACCGUCUCUUCCCAUGUACGAGAUGCUUGCAGGAUUCAUACUGAAACUGCACACUGGACAAAAUACAGAAAGGGAAUAUAGCUUGCUGCUUCUUUCUCUGCUCCAGCACUUCAUUAACAGUCUCAAAUGUCCUGAGUCUACAUUUAAAGGCGAGCUCUGGUGGAACCCAGAGAAGCUAGAUAUGAAUACCUGCUGCUACCUGCAGUUGCUUUGCAGCCUGUUUGAUAUGGUUGUGUCUGGUGCUAGUCAGGGACCCCUGCUCUCCAGUUUUAGAGCACUCUUGCAGCCCUUAUUACAGGUUCACCUGAGUGAGCCAGAGCAUCUCUUUAAGUUUCUGUCUCUGCUGUGGGGCUACAGCAGUAACUUAAGUGACCAGUUAGAGUUUCAUGUGACAGCAGUGCUGCAGACCCAGGCACUGUGUGUGGGUAAAGUGCUGCUUACUGCCCUCCCGGCGAAAAAGCUUAAUAUUUUGGCAUCACACACUUCAUCAGUGGUGCCGUCUCUCUUGGGAUGUCUGGGUUGUGGGGUGAGGGAGGUGAGAAGGGCAGCAGUAGCAGUCUUGCAACCUCUUGCACAUGUCACCUCCACUCCAUACCACCCUCUAUUGGAGAAGCUGCUUCUAUCAGCUGAAGAGCUCAUUGCUGAUCCCUCCUACCUCACUCAGGCACUGUGUAGGCUGUAUGAGGAAGCAGUUUCUGUCACAGGGAAGGGCAGAAACAAGCUGCUCUUGGCUAUAGAGCAGCUUCUGCAGUGUGUGAGGUCUCCCGACUGCCCUGCCUACAUGGCCAAAGUAUUGCUGCGAGCCUUGCAAGAUGUCAAUGGAGAGUUGGUUUUGGCCAUCCUCCUUCCAGCCAUAGAGCGUUUGCUGGAGCAGUGUUCUCCAGACAAUCUCGUUUUUCUGCCAGAUGAAGCUCUGUUCCUACAGCUGCUGCUUGGGAAAUACAAUGAGGCAUCUGCCCCACUGCUUGCUCGAGAUGCUAGGAGCCUGGAGCUCUUUAUUGCUGCCUUGGGCACUUCUUUUAACCCCUACUCACACAUGGCCAGUUUCCAGAUCAUUGCCAUGGAGCAGAUCACCAAGUCCUUCUUUGUGGCCCUGGGAGAUGAGAACAUUCAGCAGAGGAUACUGGGAGUGAUGUUUGACCUGCUGGUAGACAAUAAAAACCCGACUUGCUCCCAGACCAUCAACAGUGUCUUCAAAGCGCUUGCUGUGGAUGCAGAGUUGGUAGCUAAUGAAUUGACCCCUAUGGACAAGCCAAAAAUGUCAGGGAGUGUGCAGCAAACUCGACGGAGCAAAGUACAGCCCAAGAAAGCACAGGAUACUGUAUCAGAGGGUGAAAUGGUGUCCUGGCCAAGGGUCACCUUUAUUUUGGAGCUCUUGCAGCACAAAAAGAAGCUAAAGAGGCCUCAGAUGUUGGUGCCAGCUCUUUUCAGCCUGCUGUCCAGAUGUUUGGAGGUGACAACAGAGCAAGGUAACACGGAGUACACCAAACAGCUUCUCCUCAGUGUUCUCCACAAUGUCUGCCAGAAGCUAUCCCCACAGGGUGGCCCCAUCAGUAAGGAUAUUUUGGAUGAAGACAAAUUUAAUGUAGAGCUAGUCGUUCAGUGCGUGAGGACCUCUAACACACCACAAACACACCACCAUGCCCUCCUGCUGCUCGGUACUGUAGCUGGAAUCUUCCCUGAGAAAGUUCUGCACAACAUCAUGCCAAUCUUUACCUUUAUGGGAGCCAACAUUAUGCGACUCGAUGACGUAUACAGCUUCCAGAUCAUUAACAGGACUGUGCAGAUGGUCAUCCCCGCUCUCAUUCGUGCUCAUGAGGGAAGUACUCAUCAAGAGGGACAAAUGCAGGGUGUGGUGACACGCAUCAUGCACGUUUUUGUUGAUGCUCUUCCACACGUCCCCGAGCACAGGCGUAUACCCAUCCUCAGGCAGCUGAUGGCUACACUGGGGCCUGCCAAUUUCCUCUGGGUCUUGAUGCUGCUCUUGUUCAAACAGCAUGCCACCAACACUGCAGUCAGCAGCACAGGAGCCGAGAAGGAAGCAGCACUGGAGCAGGAUCAAGAGUUCUGGGUCUUGCUAUGUUGCGAGUUUGAAGUCCAUGAGCAGCUUUCCUCUCUUAUUAAAAUUCUACAGUUCCUCUUGGCUCUUCCCAAGGAUAAAGAGGAUGUCCCAGAGAGGAGACGGACAAGAGGAACAGUACUUCAGAAGACAGAGGAAAGCACUUUAGAUCUGGUUUUUAAUGUCGAGGCCCAUAGUGGAAAAGAGCUGCGGCAUUUUAAGUUCCUCUCUGUGUCCUUCAUGGGCCAGCUUCUAGCCUCCAGCAACUUUGUAGGAAAGGUGGCUGAUUGUGAGGAUGUAACUGAAAACUCUCUUCAGGUGCUUCAGCAAAACUUGUUGGAGGAGAACCUGCGCUACAUCCACACCGUGGCUCUGUGUGUCGAGGACAACUCUGAUAAACCCACGGCCAAGUUUUGGAGAGCACUGCUUACCAAGUCGUAUGAUGUGCUGGAUAAGGUCAACGCUCUCCUCCCUACUGACACUUUCAUCAUGGUGGUGCGGGGCCUGAUGAGUAAUCAGCUCCCCUCAGUAAGGAGGAAGGCAAUGGAGCUGCUGAACAACAGACUGCAGCAGAGGACACGAUGGGAGGAGCAGCAGGUGACCGUGCUGCUGGAACUCAUUGAUGACCUCUUGAGCAUCGCGGGUCGAGGUUGUGUCCAGGUUGAAGGACAAGAGGAAGAAGAGCAAGCCAUUAACAGGCAGACAGCCCUUUACAGCCUGAAGUUGCUGUGCCGCAUUUUUGGCAGCCGCCACCAGAAGGCGUUCUUACCUGUACUGAGCAAGACGGUGGAGUUGGUGACAAACCCCAGGGAAGAGAAAAAUGUUAUGAGCAGCGCUUUGCUCUGUGUGGCUGAAGUCACGAGCACACUGAAGGCCCUCGCCAUCACCCAAAUACACAGGUUAAUGCCAGCAGUUCUACAGGCCCUGAAGGAGCGGAAGGACCUAUUUACCACAGAGGUGUAUCUGUUGAGUGCAAUUACAGCCCUACAAAGAACAGCAGAAACUCUCCCUCAUUUCAUCAGCCCUUACCUUGAGGACACCAUAUUGCAGGUUGCACGGCUAACACAGGUUGCUGAGCGUCUCACCACCUGCCCUCAGCUGGCUGUUAGACUCUCCUCCCUGAGUUCCACACUCGCAACAAAGGUGCCACCCAGGGUUCUAAUGCCCACCCUGGCAAGGUGCUACAACAGCAUGGUGGACUCUCAGCAGAGCCAUCUUCGUCCUCUGUUGAACAUCCUGAAAGAGCAUAUUGGUCAUAUGGAAAAGGAUCAACUCAAUUCCCACCAAUCAGAGCUCACGUCCUUCUUCCUGUCAGCUCUGAACUUCCGGACCAAACAUUGUCAGGGAGAUCUGGAAAAGACGGCUGAGAUCGAGGGUUGUAUCAUAGACUGUCUUCUCGCAAUGGUAAUGAAGCUGUCAGAGGUCACAUUUAGACCACUGUUUUUCAAGCUUUCUGAUUGGAGUAAGACAGAAGAUGCACCUAAAGACCGGAUGCUGACCUUCUGCCGGCUGGCUGAUUGCAUCGCAGACAGACUGAAGGGCUUGUUUGUUCUGUUCGCCGGACAGCUGGUGAAACCAUUCUCAGACCUUCUCCGCCAACUCAAUACUGCCCAAACUGACGAGGCUUUCUUUGACUCGGAGGAGGAUGAUGUUGCCCUGCAGAAGAGCAGUCUGCUGCUGCAAUACAUAUUGGACUGUCUCCAUAAGAUCUUUCUGCAUGAUACCCAGCGAUUCCUCAGUAAAGAACGAGCGGAUGCACUCCUUGUCCCCCUGGUGGAUCAGUUGGAAAACAUGUUGGGCGGAGAGCAGGUCUACCAGGCCAGAGUCACCAAGCACUUGGUUCCGUGUGUAGCGCAGUUCUCUGUUGCCAUCGGUGAUGACUCGCAGUGGAAAGUUCUCAACUACCAGAUCUUGCUGAAGACACGCCAUAGUUGUUCCAAGGUGCGCUUCUCUGCUCUGCUGAUGUUAGUUGAGCUGGCAAGCAAACUAAAGGAGAACUACAUGGUGCUUCUGCCAGAGAGCAUCCCAUUUCUGGCUGAACUUAUGGAAGACGAAUGCGAGGAGGUGGAACACCAGGUACAGAAGACAAUUCAGGAGAUGGAGUUGAUUCUGGGAGAAUCCUUACAGAGCUACUUCUAAUUACAGCGUCUGACAGAAAACUAAUUUUAAAAAAACGUUGUGCAAGUGAUUUGUAAAUUGUAUUUUCUGUUUUACAUAAAGCAGCAAGUCUAGAUGAUUUGCCUCCAGUUCA